CUCUCUCUCUCUCUCUCUCUCUCUCUCUCUCUCCUGCGCGCAUGAAAUUCCAUGUUCUGUUCCUCAUUCCCGCAAGAGAGGGUGUCCAGCAGAUCCAUCGGAACACGGGCAUUCGAUCGAGAGCAAGCGCGGGUUUGUUUGAUCGUAUUUCUGGAAGGACAGAAAUGGCUUCUCGCGACAUUUGCUGAGUUUUUGCUGAACAACUUCUUGGCUUCUCUGGUUAAGAUGUUGAUGCCAAGGUUGUCCAAGGAAUUGAGAUGUGUCUUUGUUAGUGCAUAAGCAGAAAUGAAAGGUGGAAACUCGAACAGACCAAGAGGAAGAAAAUUUUCUUUCGGUCUUAUAGCACUUCUUUUUGCGACAGUAUUACUGUGGAUUUGGGAGAAGAAUCCUUUCUUAAGCACCCUCCGGUCCGCUCAAGAUCAGUUUUUGUUGUCUUCAUCAGAUUUCAUCUUUGAUAUACCAAAUGACUCCACGGUAUCUGCACAUCAUAAAGAGCAUAUUGAGGAAGAAGAUGCACAUGUUACACCAAAACUUUCAAGAAAAGCCGGACAAGGUAGUGAUAAUUCAGUAAUAGAGAAGUCUAUUUCUGCACUCUCUCCUAAAGGAAAAGGCACUCGACAUAGGAACUCCUCUUCCAAAAGGAAAGUCUGCAAUUAUGCUAAGGGUAGAUGGGUUGCAGACAAGAGCAGACCAUUGUAUUCGGGAUUUGGAUGCAAGCAGUGGUUGUCUGAGAUGUGGGCCUGUAGACUGACGCAAAGAACCGAUUUUUUGUAUGAAGGAUAUCGGUGGCAGCCGCAAAAUUGUGAAAUGCCUGAAUUCGAGAGAUCUUCAUUCUUGAAAAGAAUGCAGGACAAAACUAUUGCAUUUAUAGGAGAUUCACUCGGGAGGCAGCAGUUCCAAUCUUUAAUGUGUAUGGUGACUGGUGGAGAAGAUAGCCCUGACGUUGAAGAUGUCGGAGUCAAUUAUGGGCUUGUUAUUCCUCCUGGAGCCAUUCGUCCUGAUGGUUGGGCGUUUCGAUUGCCAAGUACGAAUACAACUAUAUUAUACUACUGGUCUGCCAGCCUCUGUGAUCUCGAGCCCUUAAACAUCACUGAUCCAUCAACAGAUGUCGCUAUGCAUUUGGACCGUCCUCCAGCUUUCAUGAGAAAAUUUCUGGAUACCUUUGAUGUUCUAGUUCUGAACACAGGACAUCAUUGGAACAGAGGUAAGCUUAAUGCAAACAAGUGGGUCAUGUAUGUCAAUGGAAGGCCAAAUAAAGACCGAAAUCUGGCAGCAAUUGGAAAUGCCAAAAAUUUCACAGUCCAUAGUGUUGCAAGGUGGGUAGACUUGCAGCUUCCUUCACAUCCACGUCUCAAAGCUUUCUUCAGAACCAUUUCACCUAGGCACUUCCUGAAUGGGGAGUGGAAUACUGGGGGUAGCUGCGAUAACAUGAGCCCCUUAUCUAAAGGAAGCGUAGUUUCGCAAGACGAAUCAAAUGAUUUGGUAGUGCAGAGCGCUCUCAGGGGUACAAAGGUGAAAAUUCUGGAUAUAACUGCUCUUUCUGAAUUGAGAGACGAGGGACACAUAUCUCGUUUCAGUGCUAAAGCCAGUGAUGGUGUCCGGGAUUGCUUACACUGGUGCCUACCUGGCAUACCGGACACAUGGAAUGAAAUCCUUUGUGCACAAGUAUAGUUCCAAAGGAUGGUGCCGAGGAUGGAUGAAUAUUAGCUGUUAAAAUAUUAGUAUUUUCUUGGGCACUUUGGCUGUGGAACGUCUGUCCCUACCGCAGAUACUUAGUCUCCGGUAGUAACUUGGGAAGCAGAAGCUUGGUCGCUGCUAAUUUUAUAUAGGGUUUUGGACGAGGCCGCUGGGUCCCUGAAAGUCGACUUGCAGAUAGAAAAGUUUUUUUAUAGAUCUAGGGAAAUGGAUGUAUUCUGGAUGCUGUAACAUAUUCUUUUCAGUCAUAAUAUAGUUAUUAAUGUUUUGUUGCUUCAA